AUGCCUUCCAAAUCCUCCAGGUCCUCCAGCUCCGGCUGCGGCUGUCGCUGCUUCUCCCUCAAGACCCUGAGCUUCUUGGCCAUCUUCCUGGCUCUGUUCUCCGCCGUCUACCGCUUCCUCGACGCGCGCCUGGAGCAAUUCUACGUCUUUGACCCAGAGCACCUGCACGAUGUGUCUCAGCGCGCCAUCAGCGCCCACGGAGAGGACACCCGCUCCAUCGUCAACUUCAUUGUUGCCGAGCUGGAGCAGAAAGUCGGACCCCAGUACCUGAGCACUCAGGAAGAGUGGGUAUUCAACAACGCCGGCGGUGCAAUGGGUGCCAUGUACAUCAUCCACGCCAGUAUCACCGAGUAUCUGAUCAUUUUCGGUACUGCUAUCGGAACCGAGGGCCACACCGGCCGCCACACCGCCGACGACUACUUCAACAUCCUCCAGGGAACUCAGUUGGCCUACGUCCCCGGCGAGUUCAAGCCCGAGGUCUACCCCGCCGGUAGCGUGCACCACCUCGUCCGCGGCGAGGUCAAGCAGUACAAGAUGGAUGCGUCUUGCUUUGCGCUCGAGUACGCCCGUGGCUGGAUCCCUCCCAUGCUCUUCUUCGGUUAUGCCGAUACUUUCACCAGCACUCUGGACUUCCCGACCUUGUGGGCGACCACGCGCAUCACCGGUCGUGAGAUGAUUUCCAACUUGUUGAGGUUCAAGCUGUGA